AUGGUGGAAGAAUGGAAGAGUGCUACCUACCUGGUGGAGCUCUUGGCGAUUUCGUUCAAGGUGAUGCGGGCCACUGACAACAGCUCGAAAGGCAUGAUUCGAAUCAUCUACGACCUUAUGCUCCAGCUGACCGAGGACGUGAACGCCAAGCUGGAAGCGGGGGAGAAGAUUUUGCCGCGGGCGGUUGCGGCUGAUAUUGGGAAAAUUGCUAGGCGCCGUUGGGACGAGAGCCUUGCUUGCGCGCUUCACCUCGUGGAGCGGAUCCUGAACCAGUCAAAUCAGGAAGAGGGUAUAUUUCGCAACGACGUGGAAUGUACCCGCAUCUUCAAGGCGUUCAUCGCACGUCACUAUGACGGCAAGACCUUCACCAACAAAGACAGUGAGGAGAAACGGGCCUCUCUUGUUUCGCAAGAGGGGCUCACGGCCUUCCUCACCCUUGAAGUCUCCUUCGGCCUCCCUGAGGCAAUUCCCGACAGGGAGGCCGUGAAGGCAGGCAAACACUCGAUGGUGUUCGACGAUGGCUCCACCUUUCACCCAUCAGGCCUCGUCAUGUCAGAGGACGAUCUGCUGGGCCACUUCGCCUCCCCACUGCCCCUCCUCUGCACCUCAACCCGGAACCCUAAACCCCGUUGUAAUCCUACGUAUCCCCUUUUCUCUUCCUCCCAUGUGUUUGACGACGGGUCCACCUUCCACCCCUCAGUGUUUGACGAUGGGUCCAACUUCCACCCCUCGGUCCUGGACAUGCCAGAGGACGAUCUGCUUGGCCACUUGGCCUCCACCUUCAACCCAACCCUUAACCCUAAUGUAUCCCUACGUAUCCCUCUUAACCACCUUCAGGUGUUUGACGACGGCUCUACCUUCCACCCGUCAGUCCUGGACAUGUCAGAGGACGAUCUGCUCGGCCACUUCGCAUCCGGUGUGGCCAACGUGGCCGCCAUCUCCCUCAGUGCCGACUACCCCACGCUCGCCGCCGUGCCGCACGUGUUUGCCAACUCGUACAAGAACGUCAUUGCUGUUGCGCUUGCUCUGGAUGAUUAUACCUUCCCCCUGGCCGACAAGGUCAAGGAAAUCCUCGCGGUGAGUCCUUCCCACCUCCUUUCUCUCCGAGUGAGUGUUGCCUUGCACAUCAGCCGUGAUCCUUCCAAGUUCAUGGUGGCAGCUGUGGCGGCGGCGCCGGCAGCGGCAGCUGAGUCGGCCAAGGAGGAGGCCAAGCCGGCAGAGGAGGAGGAGUCUGACGACGACAUGGGCUUCAGCCUCUUCGACAAGAUGCACUGCUCUGCUCGGCUUUCGCAGGCUUCAGCCUCUUUGACUAGAUGCGCUGCCGAACAAGGAGAAUCGUAG